CCACGUUGCAGACAGUGGGAUGAGUUCGCCACUUUUGACACCUGUUUGUGCAUGAACGGAUCCCGGUCCCGGCCACCUAUCCCCGCAGAUGGACGUCGGGGAGUCCGUGCUGUCGGCGGGCAGAGCCGUGCUGGAGCUGGUGGAGCGGGAGUGGCAGCCUCUGUCGGCCAGCGAGCUGGAGCAGCGGCUGGACCAGGCGGUGGAGGACAUCCUGGAGGCGGAUCUCACCGCAAAGCUCGACACGCACCCUGCACCCACCACGGUUUACGUGCAGCUGCUGCAGAGCCAGGCCAAAGCGGAGUCCCAUGCAGGAACAACUGGCCCCUGCGUGGAGGAGGCGGCGGGGUACCAGGGGCACCAGGGGCAGCUGAGUUCAGCUGCUGUCAAGUACAUCUCAGACCUUCUUCAAAGCUCCAAAUCCAGGGCUCGGAUGGCUGGCCGCGCUCGCUUGUCUCUGUCCCAGACCGUCCUCCUGUCCCUCUCCCUGCUCUCUGAGCGGGUCAGCUACCGCUCCGUGUCCCGCCGCUUCCAGCUGGAGAAAGGAAACAUCCACAGGAUCUUCUUUUCUUUCUGUGAACGCAUCGGCACGCUGAAGGAGACGCAAAUCGGAUGGCCAGUCGGCAGAGAGGCUGAAGACGCUCUCUUCCCAUUUUCCACUCUGCUUGGAAAAGAUGAUCAGAAAGAGGAGCAAGGCAUCCCUCGAGUCCUGGGAGUGUUGGGACACACACGGAUCCCUAUCCGUCUUCAUCAAGGCAAGCAUGACGUGGAGAGUGCCGUACCGGAGACGAAGAGACUGAAGGAGACCCGCCCCGACUCCUGGUUAAACCUCGAGCUUGUAUGCACUCGGAGUGGCAAGUUCAUACACUGCAGGAUCAGUCAAGACACAGAUCUGGAAAGAGGCAGAGCUCUGCAAGACAGACUUAAACAGCACCCUGAAGUGAUGCCUUCAGGUUCCUGCCUCGUGGCCAGGGCCGGCUACCGUCUAACUGCACAGGUUUUGACCCCGUACUUAACAAGUGACGAACCAAAACAGGAACUCUUCAACAAAACCCUGGAGGAGCAUUGUCAGAUCCUCGAUCAGGCUGUCGGCAACCUGAAAGCCAGAUUUCAAAGGCUCAGGUAUCUGGAUAUUGGAAACUACGAGCGAGCCCGAGCCGUUGUGCUGACGGCUUGUGUGUUACACAAUGUGUUUGUCGACAUUGGACAAGUAAUUCAAGGAGACUGUGAAAAAGAGGAAGCUUUUACCCAAGAAGGAGAGGUGGAUGACGAGAGUAUGCACAGACGAGACGUCAUUGCAAAUUUGAUGUUUGCAAAUGUUGAGUCUUGUAACUCUUGAUUUUAUAUCUAAUAGUUGUGGAUUAUUUUAACAGAAUUUCUCCGUCUGAGUCGAUUAUUUUGGUGACGUUUGCUUACAACAAACUCCACAGCUGAAACCAGUUUGACCUUGUGUGUUGAAUAUCUGAUGGAUAAACAGUACUGUGCAAAAAUAAAUUUGUUUAUUUACACUUUGAUGAAACAAGAAGACUAUAAAAGUUAUUCAAAGUACUUUGCAUACUGCAGAUGCUUAUGGAUUGUAAUAAUUUUGCUUUAAUCUACAUUGAAUGUGUGGAUUGUGUGUUCAUCACUUAAAAAAAGUUCAAAAAACUGUUGCUAAAGCAAUAACUCAGUCGUAAAAUUGCUAUGGGUGAUUAUUAUAAUAAAAACACUACAUGAGUUGUGCGUUAAAAAGUACAACCAAUUAUAUUAAAAAUGCAGUCAUAUCGUUGAAGAAUUUGUUCAGAGUGACAUGUGAUGUUCAUAUGUGGACUGGCCACCACUGAGGAUCUGCAGGAAAUGCUGGAGAAGGCUGUAGUGGUCACAUCUACAAUCAACGUUAGAUCUUAGCAAAACAAACAUUUAUUCUGAGUUUUUGUUAGAAAAAUAAAUGCUGAGAUACUGCAUGAACCAAAGCCAAGGUAACCGCAUGCAUUAAUCAAAGCUAAACAUGACCUCAAAAAAUGUCAGUGUUUUAUUUUGUACUUUAUUUUUCCUCCUUUUGAGUAAAGAUGAAUAUAAAUUAGCUUACUGACCAAUCAAAAUAAAUAUGUAUGCUACAUCUGACUUGAGACGUGUAUUCUUGUUGGGAUCCUAGGGCUGUGCGAUUAAUCGAUUUUAAAUCUAAAUUGGAUUUAUUAAUCACAAUCGAUGUUAAAAAAAGGAAAAUCGGAAAAUCGAUUUUCCUUUUUUGCAGCUGGCUGCAUUACAGACAGAGCUCGUCUAGUCAUCUUUGUUUGGUCAAGAAAAUUGUAAAUGUUGUCACUUUACUAAACUCAAGGAGGAUUUACAGUAUCUUUCAAUUGCACUUCAUUCCCAAUAGGGACAUUUGUUUGCUAUUUUUCUUUAAAGAUAAAAUAUUUGAAACAAUUUAUUCCAUUGUCUUUUGUAGUUUUACCAAAAAAAUCAAAAUCGAAAAUCGG